AUGGCAGAACCUAAGAUAGAUUUUGCAUCGCUCUCGCUCUUCCGCGCGACGCCUGCGCAGACUGAAGAGUCACGACGCCGGACUUUCCCGCAGUGGGGUGGUACUCUGAGUCUGACGGACUACCUUGCGCGAGAUGCGAUGAUGGAAUUGGGCGAGCACUCCAAGGAUGGAAAGUGGAUCACUUGGGUGCUGGCGCCACGCGACGACCCCACAACACUUGAUUUUAUGAGCGCCUGCGAGACAUACAAGCGCACAGGUCUCGUCGCUUACCCCUCUUCCUCUCCAUCUGAGCCCAACUCAGUGCACGAAGCAACUUGUUAUGGUGUCGCCUGCGUGUUCACUCCACCCUCGAAGCGCGGGCGCGGUUACGCAAACCAUAUGAUGAGCCUCCUGCAUUGGGUCAAUGCCUCGCGUGCCAAUCUUCCUGAAUUCCCCGAGGCAUGGGGUACACCGCCAGAAGAGGUAGCAGAUGCUGGUGGAGGUCUAUUCUCGGUGCUGUACAGUGAUGUUGGGGAGGAGUUCUACCGGUCGGCUGGCCCUGGAGGUAAAGGGGGCGGAUGGGAGAAGCGGGGAGCGAUCUCAACUAUUUGGGAGGUGGGCACAGAGGAAGGUGAUGAUGAGGGAUGGAAUUGGUUGACGGAAGAGCAAUUGAACGGGCUUUGGGAGCGUGAUGCCGUUCGGAUCAGGAAGGAGCUGGCGAACAUGCCAACGAGCGAGAGCUCAUAUAAGGUAGAGCGCCCAGCGGCAUUCGCGACAUACCUGCCAACGGAUGGUGUCUGCGGGUUCCAUAUCACAAAGUCAACGUUCGCCUCCAAUUUUUCCAUGGCAGACGGAUUCUGGGGCGUAGAGUCUACGAGCGACCCAGGGACAUACGCAAGCUGGAGCGUUGACUUGAGACCACCUCCAGCAACGCUGAUCGUCACACGACUCUGCGCCAGUGAAGAGACGUUCCCUGGGCUGAUUGCGAAGAUCAAACAGGCGGCUAGACGAAGCGGAAUUGGAAAAGUAGAGGUGUGGAAUUUGAGAGUAGGAUUGAAAGAGGUCGCGGAGAAGACGGGUGGGCGGACGUUCAUACGAAAUGAACAUUUGCCGCAGAUAGUGUGGUAUGGGCCUGGAACAACGGGAGAUGUAGAGUGGGCGUGUAAUGAGAAAUUCUGCUGGUGCUGA